AACAUCAAUACUACCCCGAUUGUACUCAAUCCGUAAAGUAACAAAAUGAAAUGAAAAAAUAUAAAAACAAUGUUGUUACCUAGUGCAUCGUAAACUUUAAAAAGAUCUAAAGUAAAAAAAAACAUGGACGCUAUCAUUUUAUCUACUUGUUAAUAGCCAAAAUAAGUACUUAGCUAUCGAAAAUAUACAUCCCAUUUCAUAUUUUUAACGAUGUUCAAAUGGUUUUUAUUCUCCACACUCCCUAUUUCUAUUUCAAUAUUUUGGUAUUUUCCACUUUUAUGGAGUAUAUCGUAUUUGAUCUUACUUAGUGUACUUAUCGGAAUUGGUAUUUUUAUGUUAACUUUUUGGGGCCAUAUUGCGUUAUCCUCCCCUCACCAGGCUUCCCUGUUUUUAUUAGAAAAGGCGGAAAAAGAAACGAGGUUUUUGGACGAGACAAUCAGGGAAGAUCAAAAGUCAUGGGUGUAUGUAAGACGAAAAUCUCACUUGGCUGUUAUUUUCGGACGCACUGUAGAUAGUCAAUUGCAACUUUUAAUAGACUAUAUGAUAAGAGAUUUUGUUGCUCGAUGGUUGAAGGAGUUAUCACACAAACCUGAGCCAGUUAUUGAUAAGUUCAAGGAGCAUAUGUGGGGUGCUGUUCAAACACUGUAUGAAAGAUUAUUGAGAAUAGAUGCUGAGAAGUUAUUAGCCAAUGAUAUGGUAACUAAAGUAACACAACACUUUGAAAGAAUAAGGAUUGCUAGAAGUUGUGCUAUAGAACUGAACCAACCUCCCGUAUUUGCCCUGGCACCGCAUUUGAUGUCCUGUGAGAUGGAAUUGCAUUACCUGCGUCAGAUAAGCGAAUUGAUCAUAAUGUUCCUAAUGCCUCGAUGCUACUCCUUAACACCAGUAUCACACCUUCUCAGAGAAAUAUUGGCUUGCAAAAUUUUGCAACCAGCUAUAAAUCUAGUCACAGAGCCUGAUUACAUAAAUCAGAAGAUAAUACAGUAUUUGGAGGCACAGAAAGAAGUAGAUGCAAUGCAUGUGAGGACACAUGAGUAUGCAAAAACAUUUGAAGAUUAUAUAAGACUUAUAAACAGUUGCAAUAAUGUUGACACACUGAAACGGUUACGUUACGAUAUUGUUACACAAAUAAUGCAAGCAACUACAUUACAAAACAUGAAACGUGCAAAAGGUAUAGAUGUCGAUAUAAUUGAGAAAAGCAGCACACAGCACAAUCUCAGCCGCCAACAACUUGCCGAAGCUAAGAAUAUCAAGAGAUAUAUUAACCAACUGACUAUAGCCAAAGUUGAAUGUGAAAAAGCCUUGAAAAAACUUGGAUGGGACGGUGCUUUCCCCGCUGUUGAAUCUGAUAGUAAGGCGCUGGCGGCGCUGCGGGCGUCGCUGAAGGCGGAGUCGCCAGCGCUGGCGCUGCUGGCGGGCGAGGUGGAGCGGCUGGCCGGCGAGCAGAUGCGGCUGGAGGCGCACCUCGCGCGCACCGACACCUGGGCCGAGCACCUCGGCAGCUGGCGCGCCUCCGUGCACAGCGCAGAGGUGAUGGAGGAGUCGAAGCCGCCGCAGUUCGUGAUCGUGGUGCACAUGGCGGAGCAGCCGCCCGCGCCGCACGACGACCGCCCCGAGCACAUCUCCACCGGCUGGGUGCUGCUCCGCACGCUCAAUGAAUUUCAAGAAUUGCAUAGAAAAUUAAGACCCAUGUGUUCAGAGCUCAAAAAUUUAGAACUGCCGUCGAAUUCUUUUAAAUUUUUAUUCGGGAAGAAUGACAGGCAAUCAUUGGAAAAAGCGAAAACAUUGAUACAGAAGUAUUUAGAAUUUGUAUUGGAAGACGACAGGUUAAACCAAAGCGAAGCUUUAUACACAUUCCUUAAUCCUAGUUCAGAAUAUUUAAAACAGGGAGAUUUACCAAAGAAGAAUAAGUUUUCAUUUUCUACAUUAUUUAAAAGAUUUAAUUUAAAUUUUACGCCUGUUGCACGCGCGGGCGGCAUGUCCGAGGAGCGCGACAGCGUGGCGGAGCCGCUGUACGCGCUGCUCAGCGAAGUUUUCGACAUGCGCGGAGUAUUCCGCUGGCUGCGGAAGACCCUCGUCACCUUUGUGCAGAUCACAUACGGCAGGACCAUUAAUAGACAAAUAAAGGAGACGAUAUCGUGGCUGUUCAGCGAGCACAUGCUGCACUACUACACGGGCGUGGUGCUCAAGUCGUGGUGGCCGGGCGGCAAGAUGCGGAGUUUAUCUCGUUGUAAUAUAAAAGGCAAUUUUUCUUAA